AUGAACACGCCGGGCCUCGUUGCAGUGGCGCAGGCCUUCGUGCGCCCUGGCGUGCUCGUACCGCACCUGCAGGUGGCCUCCCUGCGCCUCAUUGACUGGCGCCAGGUGCGCGCCUCGGGCGUGCGCUACAUUGUGUACGACAAGGACAACUGCUUGACACGUCCACACCAUGACGCACUCGCGCCGGCGCUCGAGGCGACGUGGGAUGAAUGCAAGGCAGUGUUUGGCGAGGAGAACCUCCUCAUUGUGAGCAACUCGGCGGGCUCUAGCCAGGACCCGACCGGCCUCGCGGCGGAGCAAGUGUCGUCGAAGCUGGGCGUCCCGAUCCUGUGCCACGCCGUGAAAAAGCCGGGCCGCGCGUGUGCGCAGCAGGUCGUCGACUACGUGGCAUCACAGCAUCUGCGUAGCCCUGACGCGGCGCACCCCCCUCGGCUGCUGGUCGUAGGCGACCGCAUCACGACGGACAUGGCCUUCUCGUAUCGCAUUGCGUCCCUCUUGGGCCGCGCGUAUCCUCAUGAGCGCGAUCUGUGUAUUGGCGUGCUCACGCACGAGCUAUGGGGCCGGGAACAGCUCGGAACGCGCGUGAUGCGCAUGCUCGAGAAUACGGUGCUCCGGCAGCUCGUGCGGGUGGGCAUCCCGCCGGGCGGCACGUGGACGGCCCGCGGCGCGCCGUCGCCUGUGUGCAGCGCCUGGGUGCGCGCCGUGGCGCCGGCUGAUGCAGCGCCGCUUCCCGCGCCGCGCAAGGCACGGACGCACAUGCGGUGGCUCGCGCCUUUGGUCGACGCAUGGCGCACGAUUGUGCGUGAAACGUUCGGCAGCGUGCGGCGCGUGCGGGAGCUGACCUGGUCGGUGUGUACGAAUGCGCCGACGCGGUCGUGGCGCUCGACAUGGCGUAAGCCGCAGCGGCCACCCCCUGCGCCUUGGUCGCGUUCUAUGUCGACCAGUGCGCGCGCGCGCGGUGCGCUGCACGAGAAGCCUGUGCCGCGGCGAGUGCCGACGGCCGAUGCGCCGCGGGCGCCUCGCGCUGUGCCGACGUGGCUUGGCAUCCCGCGGAUCCGGUGGCUCAUGGCGCUGGCGACGCUAGUGCUCCUACCACUCGGAUUCAUGGGCGGCAUGAAGCUUAGCGAGCUGGUCGAGCGCUGGCGCAUUGGCGAUCUAUCGCACGAGGGCGAGGCGCGCGUCGACGCUCCGCCGCCGGCGCCGGCGCCCGAGCCCGACGUGGAGGAGACACAAGUGCAGCUACGGAAAAAGAUCUCGAGGUGUGUGAGGAUUGCUGACGCCAGUCUCGAGCUUGAGCACUUCCACCUGCGGCGCGAGCGCUCCGUCCUCGACGACAAGCUCGCCCGUCUCGCGGCGCGGCCGGCAUAA